AUGGCUAAGCUAUCUCACUCGUUCAUUGUGGCCUUCGUUGUUUUCUCCUUUGUGUAUGCUCGUGUAUGGAACGAUACAGGGAACGGGACAAUAGUUUUCGAGGAGGCAUGGACAAUCCCUGAACUUACAACCGGCUUACGCAGAUGGAUCAAAAUGAUGGUCCUAUCCUGUGCCUCUCCUUGCAUUCAGGGCAUUUCCGACCCCACUGUUGCUAAUGCAAUGGCCAUCAAUGUGAACAAUCAGCUCGCUGCUCAAAUCUCUAACAACACGCUUCGUUUCGGAGCUUUUGCCGCCCUAUCAAUGCACAAUGCAUCGGAAGCGGCUGCGGAGCUCAAAAGGACAGUCGAAGAGCUGGGUUUCCUGGGGGGGCUUGUUAACGAUUAUCAACAAAGUGGAGAAAAUAAUGGCGAGUAUCCCAUUCUUCCAGAUACUUUGAUUUACUACGACCAGCCCGACUUUGAUAUCUUCUGGCAAAUGGUGACUGAGCUUGAUGUGCCGGUGUAUUUUCACCCGCGUACAAACGUUGAACCUAUUUCGACCUUGCUCUACGGACAUGCACCGUGGCUUCUAGGCCCAGGACAAGAGUUCGCCGUCACUUUAUCAAACCAUAUCCUUGGGCUAUGUACCAAUGGGGUAUUCGAUCGAUUUCCUGAUCUCAAAAUCAUUGUAGGCCAUCUUGGAGAGCGAAUUCCGUCAGACCUUGUUCGUAUUGACACGCAGCUCCUCCGCCAGGUACCUCUCGGGAUGCCAAUGCUCCGCAACGUCUCGACGUAUUUCCACACCAAUCUUUACGAAACCACUUCCGGCAACUUCGCUACUACUCUCCUCCAAUUUCACAUUCAGGAAAUCGGAUUGGAUAGGAUAUUAUUUUCUAUCGACUAUCCAUUCGUGGAUAUACCUUCCGGGGCGACUUGGGUGAAUGGUCUGGAUGAGGUGCUGACGCCAGAAGAGCUGUUGAGCUUGAAAAGAGGAGCGGCAAUUAAACUACUCAAGCUUAACGAUUGA